AGCCACGCAGCAGCCAUGGCUUUUAAGAAUGCCGGAAAAACACCCGUGGAGCCAGAGGUGGCCAUUCACCGAAUUCGAAUCACUCUAUCAAGCCACAACGUAAAAUUGCUGGAGAAGGUGUGUGCUGACUUGAUCAGAGGAGCAAAGGAAAAGAAUCUGAAAGUGAAAGGACCAGUUCGAAUGCCUACGAAGACUUUGAGAAUCACUACAAGAAAAACACCUUGUGGUGAAGGUUCUAAAACAUGGGAUCGUUUCCAGAUGAGAAUCCACAAGCGACUCAUUGACUUGCACAGUCCUUCUGAGAUUGUUAAGCAGAUUACUUCCAUCAGUAUUGAGCCAGGAGUUGAGGUGGAAGUCACCAUUGUAGAUGCUUAAGUCAGUUAUUUUAAUAAAUUGAUUAUCAGUUGUUAAAAAAA